GUUGGACUGUACAGAAGCUGCAUGAAAAGUUGGACGAUUUGCUCUACACUUCAUAAAUCAGCUGCUGCAACCAGCAAAUGUUCUGUUGCACUCUUCAACAAGUGUUUCGGAAGUUUUGAGGCAAUUAUUCAAUCAAGAUGUAUGUCAAAAACAUUGUGAUCGAGGGUUUCAAAUCCUACGGUCGAAGAGUGGAGAUUAAUGAUUUUGAUCCCUCGUUCAAUGCCAUUACUGGGCUGAAUGGAACAGGAAAAUCAAAUAUUUUGGACGCUCUUUGUUUUGUUAUGGGAAUUUCGAACUUGUCCAGUGUGCGUGCCCAUUCUCUGGAAGAAUUGGUUUACAAACAAGGUCAAGCAAACGUGACCAAAGCAUCAGUCACGGUGACUUUUGACAACACUGAUAAGGAGAACUGCCCUCCUGGAUAUGAGGACAAAGACAAGAUCAGCAUUACUAGACAGGUGGUCAUUGGUGGAAAGAACAAAUACCUCAUUAAUGGAGUUACUGUUCAAAACACAAGAGUUGCUGAUCUCUUUAAAACUGUGCAGUUAAAUGUCAACAACCCUCAUUUCUUGAUCAUGCAGGGCAAAAUCACCAAAGUUUUAAAUAUGAAGCCAAAGGAAAUUUUAAGCAUGGUUGAGGAAGCUGCUGGCACUCGCACGUACAAGACAAAGAAAGAACAAUCUCUAAAAACACUGGAGAAGAAAGAUCUAAAGUUGGAUGAGGUUAAUCGUCAGCUUAAUGAUGAAUUAGGACCCAAAAUCGAUCGCUUGCGUCAAGAGAAGGCACAGUACCUUGAGCUGCAAAAAUGUACCAGGGAAAUUGAGACACUUGCUCGGCAAGAUACUGCUCACAAAUAUUAUCAGUUCCAAGAGCAAAAAGGACAACUUGAUGGUGAGCUGCAGAAAGCUGAUAAGAAGAAAUCAAAGCUUGAGUCUCAAACGGUAGCAAAUGAAGAGGAAAGCAAGCAGCUGGAGGAAAAAUUGAAGAAGUUAAUGGAAGAAAAACAGAGUGAAGGUGACAACAAGCUCACCCAACUGGAGAAUGAUCUUCAUAAGGCUGUAACUGUUGACGCCAAACUUGAAGCUGCAAGCAAGUCUCUUGCUGAGAUAGCCAGCAGUGAAGAAAAGAGGCGCCAGCAGAUACUCAAAUCUAUGAAGAGUGACGAGAAGCUAUUGACCACAAAAGAGGCUCAAAUGGCUGGUGGAAGGGAGGAGUUCUCAGAAGCUGACUCAAAAAGUAAAAAAUUGACCGAAGAACUGGAGGCCGCAAGAAAGCGACACGAAGCAGCCAGCAUGGGAAUGUUUGUGGAUGAAGAUGGUAAAGCGACUUCUUUGCAGCAGCAAGCUAUUGACGCACAGACCACUGCAAUCAAUGCAACAGCUCAGGAAAGCACAUUGUCAAUGGAAAUAAAGCAGAUGCAGAAAGAGUUAGAUGCCAAGCAAAAAGAGUUGAAGACCGCAAGCGGCCAGGACAUAACUCAGGAAAAGAAAAAAUUGAAAGAUUUGGAAUCCAAAGUCGCCUCACUUAAGGCUGAAAUGGACGCUGUGGCUGGAAGUGAGGAAAUGCUCAAUGAUGUCAAGCACACGCAAAAAAUACUUUCACGUGAAGUCAGUGAACUUUCAAACCAGGUCAACGACAAACUGCGAAAUUUCCACAGCGCAACUUAUAACUACACUAGCCCCCGUCCUGACUUUGAUAGGACCCGAGUCAAAGGACUCAUUUGCAAUGCUAUGCGAGUGAAGAAACCAGAGUUUGCUCUUGCAAUCGAGACAGUUGCUGGUGGUUCCCUCUACAAUGUUUUGGUCGACAGUGAUGACACAGCUAAACUGCUAAUCAGCAGCGCUCAUGAACGCCGCACUUACCUGCCGCUCAACAAACUGCAGGCUUCAUCCAUGCCUAGGGACAGAAUCGAGGCUGCAAAGCGGAUAGCAGGCAGCGACAAUGUUUGGCUGGCUUUGGAUCUGAUUGAGUUUGAGCCUGAAGUGAGAGUAGCGAUGCAGAGGAUUUUUGGGAACACUUUGAUCUGUCGCACGCAAGACAUAGCAAAGAGUCUUCCUUUCAACAGACAAGUUGGGUGCACAUGCGUUUCAAUGGAAGGAGAUUCAUUCAGCCCAUCUGGUGUGACGAGUGGAGGAUCUACUGACAGGAGAAAUUUGUUGCUGCCUGUGCUGGAAGAAUCUAGGAGGAUGAGGGAAAGUCUUGAAGCUAAGCAGCAAGAACUAGCUGCUGUUAAUGAGCAGUUGAGGAAGUGUCAUGAGACAUUUCAAAGGAAGCUAAAGAUUGGUUCAGACCUAGAGGAUGCUGAGCACAGUGCGAGUCUCUGCAAGGACACAAUUUCCAAGAGCAAUAGAGGUCGGUUGGAGCUGGAAUAUCAAGACCUGAACCAGCAAUUAACUGAAGCAAAAAGCAAACUGGCGAUUGUACAGGAAACCCGUGCCAAGGCUAUGCGCAAGCAGAAAGAGGUAGAAACCCUCAUGAAGGACAGCAAAAGUCACGCAGAAAAAGAAAAGAAAAAUGCAGAGAAGGAGCUGAAAAGGUUACAGGAGCUACUUGAAAAACAUAAGCAGGCUUCUGAAAAGAAAAUGCAGGUAUUUAGCACCAUGGAGGCGGAGAUUGAGCAGUUGAAAGCUGCCAUUGAUGCUGCAAAGCAAGAGGUCAAAGAUACAGCAGAAGCUAUUGAAAAAAAUGAAGCGAAACUGGAAGAAGACCGAGGGGAGCUGGAGGCGUCCAGGCAAAAUGUGAAAAGUCUUCGAGCCAAAGUCGCUCAGGAGAAAGAUCGAAUCAAUAAACAGAACAAAGAAAUCAACUCAAUCAAUCAGAUGAAAGACAAGCUGACAAAAGAAAAGUCUGACUGCGAGCUGGAGCUCAAAAAGUUGGCUCAUGCGAUUGAAAAGUUAAUGGAUGACAUCAAAGCAGUGCAAUCCCAGAUGGCCCAUUUAGAGAAGAAAAAUGAUUGGAUCGCUGCUGAUAAGCACCUGUUUGGCCAGAAAAAUGGUCCAUACGAAUUUCGCGCGCCUGAAGAAGUCAAUGAGAAGCUGACCGCCCUGGAAAGUCGGCGAAGAGGCCUGGAAAAAAGAACAAAUAGUAACGCCCAACAUGUCCUCUCCAAAGUAGAGGAACAGUUGCAAGAACUCUUGAAAAAGAAAGGGAUUGUUGAGAACGAUCGACAAAAGCUGAAAGUUAUCAUUGAGGCCCUCGACAAAAAGAUGGUUGAGGCUCUUGAUGUUGCUUGGCAGAAGAUCAAUAUUGGAUUUGGCUCCAUUUUCUCCACACUUCUUGUAGGAGCUACUGCUAAGCUUGUUCCUACUGGUCAUACAAAUAAAAUUAUUGAUGGAUUAGAGGUGCAUGUUGGAUUCAAUGGAAAAUGGAAAGAGGGUCUCUCAGAACUUAGUGGAGGCCAGCGUUCUCUCGUUGCCCUUUCCCUCAUCCUUGCCAUGCUCCAGUUUAAGCCAGCACCUAUUUACAUUCUGGACGAGGUUGAUGCUGCUUUGGAUCCAUCGCACACCGAAAAUAUUGGUGAACUUGUGCAGAAGCACUUCAAACAAUCCCAGUUCAUUAUUGUGUCUCUGAAAGAUGGAAUGUACAAGAAUGCCAAUGUGCUAUUCAAAACCAAACUUGUGGACGGCGUUUCCAACGUUGACCGAAUCACCCAAUCCAAGUAGGAAUCUAUUGUAUCAUACUUCAAAUGUUAUUCCAUAAAUUUAAUUUCUAUUCUA